AUGCUGUACGACCUCAAUAUCCCCUGGUCCCCCUCGACCACGACCCGAGACCUCGAGAACACCAUCACGUUCAGCGCAGCCCUCGGCUACAACGUCAUCGCCCUGAACCACAUAAUAGACGGGCCGCUGCCGUCGACCAUCACGAACCCGCUGCCGAAGCUCGACGUCGAUGCUCCCUCCACAUCAUCAUCAUCAUCAUCAUCAUCCGCGAGGGCGCCGCAACCAGCAAACCCAACGACCCCGCGCCGCCCGACCAUCCUCCACCGCGCGACCCUCGUCUACUCCGACCCGGCCCAGAACCACCGCAUGCCCAGCCUCGCGGCCGCCUACGACCUCCUCGCCGUCCGCCCGACCAACGAGCGCGCCUUCACCUCCGCCUGCCUGGCCCUCGCCGACCCGGCCCUCAUCUCCCUCGACCUGACGGCGCGCUUCGACUUUCACUUUCGCCCCAAGCCCUGCAUGGCCGCCGUCGCGCGCGGCGUGCGCUUUGAGAUCUGCUACGCCCACGCCCUGCGCGGCGGCGCUGCGGGCGGCGGUCCCGACGCGGCGCAGGCGCGCGCCAUGAAAGAUACAGGGGCAGACGCAGGGACAGGCACGCCGCAAGAGGCCGGCAAGAAGGGCAAGAACGCGACCAAGCGCAAGAACGACGAGUCUGGGACCGCCGUCGGGGCUGAGCAGCCUCAGGCGAUCAGCAAACGGCAGGCAAAGAAGCUACGGCUAGCUCAGAAGGAGGCGGCGGCGACGACGCCGACGACGACGGAGAAGGCAUAG